AUGCCCCACCCCGUGGGCCACGCGGCCAAGGCGGUGCCGAGAGGCGGCGGCGGCGCCGCGGUCGCCUCGAGACGCGCCGCGACGGCGUCAAAGGCGAUCCGCCUCGCGCCCGUCGCGGCCGCCUCGGCCAGCAGCGCCUCCCCGGCCAGCCGCGGGAGGUCGCCCUCCGUCUCGAACCAGCACGACGAGCGGCCGUCGGCGCACGCCUCGUCCCACGCCUUGAGCUGGCGGACAAAGGCCGCCAAGCUCUUGAGGCGGCCGGGCGAGGGCGCGGCGGGCGACGGGGCAAGGGAGCAGCCGGGCGAGGAGAGGCCUGAGGGCGGGCGGGCGGGCGGGCGGGCGGGCGCGGGGACCAGCGACACUGGCCGCGGCUCGUCGCCACGCGCCGGCUCGGAAGAGGGGCUGUCGGCGGCGAAGCAGACCCCCCUCCUCGACGUGACGGCCGCUCCCGGAGCCGGCCGGUGCGCGCCCGACCCACGCCCCCUCUCGCACCCCUCCGACCCCCCCUGCGCGGCGCACCCCGCACGCAUCCUCUGGGCGCCUGAGCGCGGCGGAAUCUUGCCAGAAUCCGAAUCCCUUGGUUGGCCCUCGCAGCUGUG